AACUGGGACCUGAUCGGCGACAGCAUGCACAUCCUGAACGUGGGUCUCGCGCCGGGGGAGACCAUGGCGACGGAGCCCGGGUCGAUGAUGUUCAUGGGUUCGAGCAUCGACGCACACGUCGACUGCUCCGACUGCUUGUCGCGAUGCCUCGGCGGCGAGGCCUGCGCGAUGCUCAACUACACGAACCGCGGCGCCGCGCCGAGCUACGUCGCGCUCACGUCCGCGAAACCGGCGGAUAUCGUCGCGCUCGACAUGGACCGCUACGGCGGGAAGAUCUCGGCGAGGUCCGGCGCCUACAUGUCAUCCGUCGGCGACGCCGUCCCGGGCUGCGAGGUCGACUGCAACCCGCUCACGUGCUGCUUCGCGGGCUUUGGCUGCGUGCGCCAGACGAUCACCGGCUCGGGCACGGCCUUCGUCGAGGCGUCUGGGACCGUGGAGCGCAAGGAGCUCGCGCCGGGCGAGCUCUUCAUCAUCGACUCGAACUCGCUCGUCGCGUGGCACGGCGCCACUCUGGGCGUGCGCACCGCGGGGUCCUGCCUGGCGUGCUGCUGCAACGGCGAGGGCUGCUGCAACACGACGCUCCUGGGGCCGGGCACGGCCUGGGUCCAGUCCAUGCCCUGGGAGCAG